UCGAAGGUUGGCCGGGCGAGCUCGCGCCGGGACGCGGCAGCCAUGGCCAAGUGUAGGAGCAGCUCCUAUGCGAGACAGCUGUAUUUCAGCUGAGGGCGUGGAAACCACGUGGCCAUGCGAGCGUGGUGGUGCCUUAUAAACACAGUCGCCCAUUGGCCGCAGCGCUUCGGAAAUGGCUCGGCGCGUGCGCGUGCGGCAAGAGUGUGUUCGGAAAAGCUCGGUAAAGUUCGGGCUCUGUCGGAGCGAAUGGGUGAGCGCGUGACGUCUCGCGACGUCAGUUUGUUUGCGGGUGCGCUCGCAAGAGGGCUUCGUUCUCGCGCGUUCCAAACCGUCACCAUCGCUGCGUCGGCCACGGAGGCUGCCUUCUUUCUCGCCCAUAUUUCUUCGCGAGUGUGAUCGCUUUGGUUUGGAUUAACUAUGAGCAUCCACACGUUGCUGCAAGCUGCUGAAUAUAUCGAACGGCGAGAGCGGGAAGCCGAGCAUGGCUAUGCGUCCACUAUGCCGAUUCCGGUCGAUCUCCCGAAGAAGAAGCCGAAGGCGAAGAAGACUCAAGGGAACAGGACCACUCAUAACGAGCUUGAGAAAAACAGGCGGGCCCACCUGCGCAACUGCCUGGAGAAGCUCAAGGAAAUGGUGCCGUUGGGACCUGAGGCGAACCGCCACACCACGCUAGGCCUGCUGAACAAGGCCAAAGUCUUCAUCAAGACGCUGGAGGAGAAGGACCGCAAGAGCCAGAUGGUGAAAGAGCAGCUGAUGCGGGAGCAGAGGUUUCUCAAGAGGAGGCUGCACCACCUGGACGGAGUCUCCUCCCCGCCCAGCCACAAGAGACGGAGCGUGAGCGAGUGCAGCUCCGGCUCGUCGUCGUCGCGCUCGUCCACUUCGGAAACCGAUGAAGUGGACAUCAUGGGCUACAACAGCAACCAAAGCGACACGGACGACCACAGCAGUAUCCAGAGCAUGACCAGCGACGGCGGCAUGGCCAUUUCGACCAAGAGGCUCUGUCUAGUGGAGGAGCACACCGUCUAGGCCUUCAUCCACACCGAAGACUCCGGCCCGUUCCCCUUGGCACAAACCGACCCUUGGCCUCUUUCGCACCCGAGCACCAUGACCAGCCGCCUGGUGCGCACCAGAAAGGGAACCAGCGCCACCCCCUCCUCCCGCCCUCGUCCGAAACCACCACCACGCUAGCGAACAGUAAUAACGCCAGUGCAGCGGUCUGUCCGACGAGCCGCCGCUGCGAAGCAAGCAAUAUACCGUUUCUACCGUUGUCAAGCCUCCUCAGUAGGCAUCGCGCUUCUUUCCAGGACGCCUGUUGUGCAAGAGAGUCGGUCGGGGUCUGUCCUCUUUCCGCGCGCGUGCUGUCUCCGAAUUGCACAUCCUUCCCCUUCUGUUUCCUCCUCCUUGGCGAUGCAAUAUGUCAGCUUAGCACCACUGGCACAUCCGAAUUACAACUCCAUUGUUGGCCGCAUUUUCGGAAGGAAGGAAAAAUCCAUGGUUUCGGUAGCUGUGCCGACAUCGAGGGGCGGCAGCAGUUUACUUUCUCUCUCUGUAGUAAAUAAGAACUAUUUAUUUGCAAUAUUUCGUCUCGAAAAGGCACGCGAAUGCAUGUGCGUGUGUUUGUGUAUACUCAAUCGUGUGCAUGUUUUUGUGUACGUCCGCGAAUCGUGUAUUUGUGCGAGGCAGUCAUGCUUUCUUGUUCAGUAGAAACAAACAACAAAAAAAUGUUUAUAUGCGGACUUUAUCAUGUGAGCACCCCCCGUGUUUCGCGCACUCUUUAAUCUUACUUUUCUUUGCAUGUUUUUUGGAGGCUAGGCGAGUCAUGUCUGAUGUCGCCUUCGUUCGUGUGACUGAGUGUGUGUGUCCAAAGAGCAACAGGGUGCGAGUCGUUUAAAUGGUUGUGUGGACGAGUCGAUCUGGCUUCUGCACGUGGGGUCUGCAGUGGUUUUUUAUUCCUUUUUCCUGCACCUUCCGUCAGAGGCAUCUAGCGACGAUUUUAUUGUACAUUUUUCCUCGUUUUUAUUCACGGCCUGGGGUUAGCACAUCUCGCUUUUUUUUUUUUGCCCAUCACCAUAUUCAUUGUACAUUUUUAUGUUCUACGCGCAAACACUAGAGGGUGGCGCUGGCUGACACCCCGAGAAAGCGCUGGUUGGGCGCGAAAUAAUGCAGGCGCUGUCAACACGUUCCAGCAAACGUCGAUGCUCGUAGCUUAGGGGAAGAAGAUAAUCGCUAUCGAGCCCACCUUACGUCUGCACUCUCCACUGUAGCGGCCGUUGCAGCCUGAAGUUGCGCUUACGUCUUGCUACGGGCACAAUAGGCUGAUUUGCCGAGCGCUUCAAGUAAGCAAGCAAAGUACUGACGCUCCUCGGGCGAUGUGCAGGCCGGGGGGGGGGGGGGGGGGGUAACGGUCGGCUUGAGCGUCCAUUUCCGUGAUUUCAUUCGUAUGCUGGCGACUCAGCAGUGGUCCUGGCAACGAGUAUAGUCCGCUGCGCCUUUUCGGGUGUCGUCCAGCGCCACCGCUCGAGAAGACUUGUGUACCUUGCCGGUGAAAGAGCGUCGUUUCCCGCGUCGAGAAUGACGGCACGUUCGGUCAUUCGAAUGCAUUUCCGGAGGCAGGUCUUGCAUCCAUCGCAUUGCGGGAUCUUUAGGGAACAACUGCAUUCUCGCGGGCACGUCUCCCGCUGGCCGCCCCUGCCAUCCCCGAGAAUCAGUAUUGCAGCGCCCAAACUGCGCGUCUGCCACCCUUGUACCUGGGACGCCUGGCGAGCGUCGCCUGAAGCUGCGUGCUCCGGCAUGCAUCUUCCCGUUCUGUUGUGCGGUUUUGUUGCCCAAUCGGGAUUUUCGCUGCGCGAUUUUUUUUUCUUUCUGCCCAUUGCUGCGCUUCGAAGUGAAAUAAGUCUCCUCGCAUUUGUCUGGAAGGGAUCUUUCUCUACCGGCGGUGUGAGUCGUUUUGACAGGAGUGCCCUCGGAGGCAAUGCUCUUCUAAUUUAUUUUUUUCGCAGCCACUCAGCCGCGCACGACAGUCUUCUGAGAACAAAGCGUAGUGCGUGUUUUUUUGUUUUGUUUUUGUUUAUCCGGUGUUCGUUCUUGUUUCUUAUCGUGCUUUGCCGGCGCCCUGCCGUUCAGCGAGUCGAAGCAGUCGUCUUGAAGUGUUGCCCUCCGGUAGGAUCCUUUGCUCUCAGGCAAAACAGUCUCGUAGUUCUUCUGCGAGGUUUCACUAUUUAAUUCUUCUUACGCAGAAAGGCGCGUCCCAGUGAACGCUUUUUUUUGCGCGAUGCUCGAGCAAUUCGGCAUCGCACUUCGGAAAACUCUUCCCGCCAUUGAGAAUCCCGAUGUCGUCGACAGUUUUGUCGAUGCAGAAGUGCGUGCGAAGGUAACCUAUGGGCAUUAUUCGCACCAAAUCGCAUACGCCGCCUCCGAAACGCCGAGCAGGCAUUGUCAAGUGUUGCGCAUCUGUCAUUUCGUGCGACCCUGUGGUUUUGUUUGUUCGUUUCUUUUUUUUUCUUGUGUUUGUCCCGGUUGUAGACCCACAAGUUUCCCGUCCAAAGGUGAAAAAGAAAAGGUUAAAAAAAGAGGAAAAGAGAAAGGGAACAAAAAAAAGUUUUUUUUUUUUCGAGUGAAAGAGCAAGGACAAGCUUCUUAUUCCAGUCGACCAUGAGUCGGCAGGUUCUUGGACAGCCGGUUGGGAUGAACGAAAGAGAGAAUCUCGGCCUCCCGGCCUUCAGUACAAAGUCUGCCUGCUCUCGCGUGGAGGUUACCCCCCCCCCCCCCCUCCCUCUUCUUUGCCCAUCUUCUCCACACGCCCGCGCAGCUACUAGAGCAGCUGUGCUCUGCAGCAGCCCUUUCCGCGAGUGAUUGACAGGCGGGUCUCCUCGCCGUCGGGAUCGGAGCGAGUGUCGUGUGCGCGCUCCGUUGAGCGACGACGCCGUGGGCCCCCCCUUCCGCAUUUCUUCCGAUACCGUUCAGAUACUCCCGAGGAAGUGCUCUGUUACUAUGGCCGUGUGUGGUCGGUGACGGAACUGAAACGCAGGUCCAAGACUGGUCCGUUUGCCGAUCGGGUCUCGUCGAUUCCCGCUGAUGCGCUAUUGCAGGAGCGAAGCCAGCCGAAAUGCUGUGUGCCAACUGCCGAUGCAGCGGGCUCCCAGAACCGUCGUGGACGCGUUUCCGUUCUUUUUUUUUUUCUAUUUCUUGUGACUCACCGCAACCUAGAGUCCGUUGUGAGUGGAGGAGCGUCAUCUGCGUGUGCUGUGCUUGCAUGGCCUUUGCAUGGCGCGUCACUCCAGACGCGAAGGUUUUCCUUCAAAGGGAUGUUGUGACGAGGAGCGAAGCAGUUCUGUUCGCUGAAACGUUAUCUUCUUUCGAGCCCUUCCUCUUAGCACCCAAGUUCCUUCUUGUCGUUGUACUGCUUUUUUGACACGGCGUUGAGCCUAUUGCUGCGCUUUUAUAGUAAUUUUUUGUCGCUUUUUCUGGGAAAGUUCUGUGUUUUUUUUUCCCGCACGAAUCGUUGGUCUGGCGAUUGCUUUGGAUGAGUUUUACAAAAUGUCUGCUGCCAUGGCUUCUCUGACAUUCAAAACAAAUAGUAGUCAUUUUUCCAAGGAUCUCGAGCACAGUUUUUGCGAUGUUCCUGCAACAAAACAAAGUUAUGUACACACACUGUCCACCUCUUCUGUCUCCCCUUCCGCGCGCCCAUAUGCUGUGUGUUUAGAAUCUGACUGUAAUAAAUAUGUAAAUAAAAUGGUAAUAUAAUAUAUAUACAUAAUAUAUAUGUAUGUAUAUAUACGUACAUAUAUAUAUAUUUAUAAUGAAUGUCUAUAGAAGCAACUGUGAGGCAAGUACAAUGAAAGAACGCAAGCGUCUUUUCGUUCUUUUUUUUUUCGUAACCUGCUUUGUGAUGAGCAUCUCUGUGUUUUGGGUGAGCUCCCCCGACCCCACAAUCACGUUGUGCACGGGCGCAUGCCGCCCGCCUUGGCUGCGUUUCGGGGUGACCACCCCCUUCUCUAAAGAGUAGUGCGUCUUUCAGAAUCAACUUUCCUGUACAUACUUCAUGUGUCUAUACGAUGUUAUUCUGUUUCAUUUUUCCUAAAAUAAAACGUUAUUUCACGUA